UUCCUCUCUGUAGGAUGUUUACGAUGUUUGGCGCGUAACUUCGUACCUGAACUAAUCGUUCGGUAUAUCGUGCGAUUUUAGUUAUAACUAUGUACUUAAUAUAGUAAUACAUUUGCAUGCAUCAUUAACACCACCCGCUGAAGCGGUGCUGCUGCAGUACAGAAGUUACACCUAAACAUUGGCUGAAUAUGAGCUGAGAAUGGCGGGACGGGGGCACAGCAGAGGAAGAGCUCAUCUUAGUUUUCCUGUGGAGGCAGUGGGAAUAGGCAAAGGAGAGAACCUUCCACCUUCCACUGUCCAGCCUACACCACUGUUUCCUCCCUUGGAGCACAAGCCACUGCCAUUACAGACAGGAGAAGAAGCAGAAUAUAUGUUAGCGCUGAAGCAAGAGUUCAGAGGAGCCAUGAAGACUCUGCCUUUCUACAUACGACCUGCUGCACCUAAGAAAGAUGUGGAGCGUUACUCGGACAAAUACCAGAAUAUGGAACCAUCUGACAACACCAUUGAAUGGAGCCCAGACUGGAAACGCUUGCCGAAGGAGCUUCGUGUGCGGGUGAAAAGGCCUCCACCAAGCGAGAGAACCUCAGUCAUUUCCAGAAGCCUCAAACAACCACAAGUGGACAAAGAAAUCAUCCGCAAACUGGAGACACUGGAGAAAAAAGAGGAGGAGGUGAGUUCUGAUGAAGAAGAUGGCCAGAAGAAAAAAACAGAGGAUGAAGAAGCAGAGGGGGAGGAGGAGUAUGACGAGGAAGAGUUUGAAGAGGAGACAGACUACAUCAUGUCAUACUUUGACAACGGUGAGGAUUUCGGCGCAGACAGUGAUGACAAUAUGGAUGAGGCUGUUUACUGAUGCUGAACUACAAAGCCACAAAUGAUAAGCUGAGUGAAUCCGAAUCCUCCAUGUAUUAAGGACUGGCUAGAUGGCUGAUGAUACCAUUGGGUUUAUUAUACAGAAACACAUGGAAUUCCCUUCACCAUAAGGUUUUACAUGACAUACAUUAGACUUCUUUCAUAAAUGAAGUGUAACCUUGUGAUAUGCAUCAAUCCUGAUACACUGUAAAAUACACAACUUUACUUACUCGGGUGAAUUUUCAUCUGAUGUCCACUUGAAAAACAAAAUACAAUAUAAAUGUAAUUAACCACUUUCAUAAAAUGUAACAGAAACUCAUUACUUUGUUUGAAGUAAUUGGUUGAAUUCUAUACGUUAGUAAUUUUAGGUAAGAAAAACAUUUAUUCAGCACCAUAUAUUUGCGCAAUCAUAUUUCAGACUGUGAUAAUACUCUGUCUGAAAUUCAUGCAGUACUUUACUGAUGUUCUAAAGCGAAUUUGUAGCCAGGUAGGUUGACAUCUGUAUAUAUUGUUUCUCUUUAAUAGUGUAAUUUUGGACAACUUUUUAUAUCUUUAUUGACAUUUUACAUGGUGUACAGAAAACAAGGACCACAAUUUGUAAACAUUUUUUAAGUUUUACACAAUGUAGUUAUUUGA